ACAGCAGGGGAACCAUUGCUCAGUGACGACGAAGAAUUUACUGUGACGGACCAACAUGGCCGCACUGAGGAGGCUAACAACCUGCCUCAGCCUCAUCAGGAGUUCUGCUCGCGUUUUGCUCAGCAGUAAAAAACCUGCAGUCAAUAAACCGUGGAAAUGGACAAAUAUUCUGUACAGAAGUAUAGCGUCUUUCACCGUCGGCGGUGGGCUGUGCGCUGUACCUUUCAGACAGGUUGAAAACCUCUCUCACGACUCUUUGAUCAGACGAGCAGCCUCCCUGGCAACAGACAGUUCAAGCUCUUUUCUCUCUCAGACCACCUUGGCUCUCAUAGAUGCCAUCACAGAGUAUUCAAAAGCCGUGCACAUACUCAUUGCUCUCCAAAAACGAUAUUUGGAAUCACUUGAAAGACUGGAUCAAGCAGAAGAGAAUACAAUCUGGCAGGUGAUCAUUGCCCAGCGUGCAGAGGUUAGUGACAGACGAGAUGAAUGCAAACGUUUUGAGUCAACCUGGGUCACCGCAGUCAAGCUGUGUGAAAUGGCAGCGGAGGCAGCAUACAUCUCAGGAGCUGAACAUGCGUCCAUCACAGUGUCGACAAACAUUCAUGUGGCCCAGUCGCAGGUGGAGGAGGCACAGAAAAUGUCAGUGGAUGCAGAUAAGAAGUUGGCCGAGACUAAAGUAAUGGAGGUUGAAAGGAUGGCACAAUAUGCUGCCUCCUUACAGAAUGAUGAGGAAGAGGUGCCUGAGGCUUAUCUAAGAGAAGACUGAGACAAAUACCCAGAGGUGUCAGAAAACAGAAGAAAGUAGAAAACAAGGAUUUUUGCUUUCGUUAACAACAAUCUUUUUUUUAAAUCAUCCCUACAGUGUCUUCUUUCUUUUUUUGAGUCUGUAACAUGUUUGGCUCUGUGAUUUGUCAUAUCUCUUUCAUGGUAGAGUGUGCUCAAAUUGAUGUGCCUACAUCUGCACACAAACUGCAAUAAAAUUAGGACAACAUCUCCAUAAUCAAGCACCUCCUUUGUAAGUAUAUGGUCAUUUAAGACUAUUUAUUUGAAUAAUCAACUGCUUCUGCAUGGUGGUUGUUGUAGUGUCAUUGUAAUAAAGACAAGACACAGUGUAAAAUCAUA